CACUUCUCAUAAUCGCAGAGAUCAUGGACAGAGAGGGAGCAGGAGGAAAAAGCGGACUCUAUGCAGUACUAUUUUCAUUCGGAUUUAAAUUGCUUGGUCACAAACUUGAAUGCACAAUGGCAAAAGGAGAGGCUCUUUCAGGACAGCAACAUUUUGAAUAGUCUUUCCUGCACGUUCUAGUCGAAGGAAUCUACUUGAGUGAGUCACAGGAAAAGAAAGGGACUGCAAAAGCCACAAGUGAGCCACUAUUCAGCACAUUUUCGUCCACAUAGAUACGUGCACAAGGAAAACAAGUGAAAGUUUUUUAUGGACUUCAAUGACAGGGGCUGAGGAUCACAAAAACCACUAUGACAACCUUCUCCACUACACUUGCCACAAUCACCUUCGAGCCUCCAACCAGCUCCCUUUUUCUCAUUACCACAAAGAUCAGCAAGAUGAACUUGACCACGACAAUUGACCCCCAGUGUGUGGAUCAUGGCGCACUGCAAAUCCCAUUGGCGGUGCUCUAUUCUAUAAUCUUCAUCCUGGGUCUAGUCGGGAACUUGGUCGCUCUGUGGGUUUUCUUCUGUGUUCACUCUAAGAAGAACUCUGUGCGGGUGUUUCUAAUAAACGUAGCUUUUGCAGACUUGCUGCUGGUGGCGUGUCUACCAUUCAGGAUACUCUAUCACAGCAGAGGUAACGUCUGGAAUCUGGAUCCCACCUUGUGUAAAGUAGUAGGCAACCUCUUCUACAUGAACAUGUAUAUCAGUGUCACGCUGCUAGGGCUGAUCAGCGUGGAUCGUUACCUGAAAAUCUACCGUCGCGCAGGGAUGCAGCACAGACUGUGGUCCACGAAGUGGAGCAGUGCCCUCUGCGCAGUGGUCUGGAUCGCGUCCUUUGCCCUGACUUCAGUGCUUCUGAUGUCAAAGAGUGACUCACACUUGAAAAGGUGUUUCCACUACAAGGAGCUCCAUAAUGCAAAGUGGAAAGCCUACAUCAACAUCUUUGUGCUGGUAGUCUUCUGGCUUGUAUUCAUCUCUCUAGUGGUGUCUUAUGGAAAGAUCGCCCACAGGCUUCUGAGAACUUCCCAAGAGAAACCAGACCUGCCCAAUGCGGCCCACUACACUCGAACUGCCAAGAAGUCCUUCUUCAUUCUUUUUCUCUUCACCGUUUGUUUCGUCCCCUAUCACAUGGUUAGGGUGUUCUACAUAAAAACUCAGAUCACAGACACUUCGUGUUACUGGAAGGGUAUGGCUGACAAAGCUAAUGAGGUAGCUUUGCUAUUGUCUGCCCUCAACAGCUGCCUGGACCCUGUUAUGUAUUUCCUGUUAUCCUCUUCGGUGAGGAAGGAGGUGCUGCGCUUGGUGAGCAACAUAUUUUCUGUGCGAGACGUUGCUGGAGUCAGUGGGAGCAGCUCCACUGCUGAGCUGGAUGGCAGGAAUGGGAGAACUGACAGAGGACAGGCAAACGUCUGCUUAAUCAGCAAUUUGAAGGAGACGACAGCUGCUGUAUCCACCGGGGCUAGGCUGUAAAGGUCCUCUGAAACAGCGAGCCUAAACGUGACAGCAACCAUGCUGCCGAACCAGGGGGCAGCAGCAGCAGUGCUCCUUAACUUGUACAUCCAUUCAGUGCUGUCACCCAAGUUGAUGAUGCCAGAAAUUUUCCACCUUGCCAUAGGGGUAGAAACCACAUCAAAGACAAACAAUUCAGGAACUAUAGUUGAAUUUUAUGGAAGUACCCUGAAUUAGGUACCUCUCUGUCAGCCGUGAACAAAUGUACCAGUCAUAAAACAAAUGUUCUGGUUAAAUCAUCUUGUCUGUGCAAGUGAACAAUGUGUACGAGAUUAGUUGGCCACACUUGUUUAGCAAUUGUGUCCUUUUGCUAAAACCUGCAAUGUUAAUUGUGUCAUACUGCAUACUGGCUAAUGUUAAUUGUCUCUACACAACCCAAAACAUAAAUAGAAUUUUUUAAUGGAGGUUCCAUUAAAUUUAUUACUUUUAACAACUUGAAAAACUUGGCAGGAAAUUUUACAGUUGAAAUAUAA